UGAUUGUAAUUAUUAGCAUCACUUAAAAAGGCAGACACAGUAAGAAAUUCAGUUAAGGAUAUACUUAUAUUGAUAACUAUGUUUUUAUUCCUUGUGUUAUUUUUUUCAAUAAUAGUAUAUUAUUUGGAAUAUAAUGAAAACAUAUAAAUUGAUGAUGAAUAAAAGAUAUAGUCAAUAUCAGAGGCUAUUUGGUGGUGCAUUGCUACAAUGACAACUGUUGGAUAUGGAGAUAAAUUACCAUUGAGUUUAUCUGGAAAAUUUAUAGCAUGUAUUGCUGCAUUUUUUGGGAUUACAUCAGUCUCUUUGUAAUAUAUAAUUAAAUUAUAGACCUGUUGCUGUUAUGGGAAUGAAUUUAACUUAAACUUUAAGAAUUUCUGAAGAAAAUAAUGAAAUAUAAAAAAUUAAAGAAUAAUUUGCAAUUAAAGAUUCAAAUCAAAAUUUAUAAGAUUAAUAAACUUUAAAUCUCAAAGAACUGAAGUUUAUGGAAAGAAGACUUGAAUAAUUAUUAGAUAAUAACUAAAAAGUUAUGGAAUUUGUAGCAUAAUCAUAGGAUUUGUUUGAUGAAGUAACAUAAGACUUAAUGAGUCUUUAUUCUGCCUUAACUGAAUAAUUGGAUCUUCAUAUUGAAACUAAAAUUAAAAAUCUUAAAGCAAAGCAUCGGGUAAUUAAGUUUUUAUUAAUUAAGAUAAUGAAAAUGGAGAAAAAUAUUAACUAGAAAAAAUCUAUAGAAUUGAGUCAAGUAGUCAAAGCUUUUAAAGAGAAAUAGUAAAUAAUAUCUUAACAAUCAAUCUUAAUGUGUGAAGAAAGUUAAGCAGAUCUUUUCAGUAUCGCAAGUAGAUAAAGCAAAUCUUUUAUACUCAAAAAGAGUGAAAAAUUAAGAAGUAAAAAUAAUAAAGGUUCUUAUAUGUGUAUAAUUAAUAAUAAUAACAACAAUAAUAAUAAUAACAAUAUUCAUAAUAGUGUUCACAAUCCUUUUAAGACUUAAACAGAUAUUAUAGAUAUUCCUGAUCCACAUAAUAAUAGCAUAAUUUAUGCUCAAAUUAGUUCUAAGAAUUCUGCUAUUUAAAAUGAUAUCCUAUAAAAUUUGAGAGGAAAUGCAGAAUUCAAAUUAAAUUUAGAAGAUUCAAGUGGAAACAUAGAUGAAGAUAGCAAUAAUAAUGAUAAUUAUUUAGAUAGUAAAAUGUAAAGCCUCUCAAAUAUANUUCAUGAGAGUAUUUCGACUAUUCAAAUUAUCUCGAUUUAUGAAGGAUAUGUUGAUGAUUGUAAUUAUUAGCAUCACUUAAAAAGGCAGACACAGUAAGAAAUUCAGUUAAGGAUAUACUUAUAUUGAUAACUAUGUUUUUAUUCCUUGUGUUAUUUUUUUCAAUAAUAGUAUAUUAUUUGGAAUAUAAUGAAAACAUAUAAAUUGAUGAUGAAUAAAAGAUAUAGUCAAUAUCAGAGGCUAUUUGGUGGUGCAUUGCUACAAUGACAACUGUUGGAUAUGGAGAUAAAUUACCAUUGAGUUUAUCUGGAAAAUUUAUAGCAUGUAUUGCUGCAUUUUUUGGGAUUACAUCAGUCUCUUUGUAAUAUAUAAUUAAAUUAUAGACCUGUUGCUGUUAUGGGAAUGAAUUUAACUUAAACUUUAAGAAUUUCUGAAGAAAAUAAUGAAAUAUAAAAAAUUAAAGAAUAAUUUGCAAUUAAAGAUUCAAAUCAAAAUUUAUAAGAUUAAUAAACUUUAAAUCUCAAAGAACUGAAGUUUAUGGAAAGAAGACUUGAAUAAUUAUUAGAUAAUAACUAAAAAGUUAUGGAAUUUGUAGCAUAAUCAUAGGAUUUGUUUGAUGAAGUAACAUAAGACUUAAUGAGUCUUUAUUCUGCCUUAACUGAAUAAUUGGAUCUUCAUAUUGAAACUAAAAUUAAAAAUCUUAAAGCAAAGCAUCGGGUAAUUAAGUUUUUAUUAAUUAAGAUAAUGAAAAUGGAGAAAAAUAUUAACUAGAAAAAAUCUAUAGAAUUGAGUCAAGUAGUCAAAGCUUUUAAAGAGAAAUAGUAAAUAAUAUCUUAACAAUCAAUCUUAAUGUGUGAAGAAAGUUAAGCAGAUCUUUUCAGUAUCGCAAGUAGAUAAAGCAAAUCUUUUAUACUCAAAAAGAGUGAAAAAUUAAGAAGUAAAAAUAAUAAAGGUUCUUAUAUGUGUAUAAUUAAUAAUAAUAACAACAAUAAUAAUAAUAACAAUAUUCAUAAUAGUGUUCACAAUCCUUUUAAGACUUAAACAGAUAUUAUAGAUAUUCCUGAUCCACAUAAUAAUAGCAUAAUUUAUGCUCAAAUUAGUUCUAAGAAUUCUGCUAUUUAAAAUGAUAUCCUAUAAAAUUUGAGAGGAAAUGCAGAAUUCAAAUUAAAUUUAGAAGAUUCAAGUGGAAACAUAGAUGAAGAUAGCAAUAAUAAUGAUAAUUAUUUAGAUAGUAAAAUGUAAAGCCUCUCAAAUAUAUAAGAUGUUAGAUUGAAAAAUAGUAUAAAAAAUAAUAUUAAAUGAAUUUAUUUGAUUCAUAAUUCUUGUACUCUUAGUCUGUAGGAAUGAUUGAAGAUGUCUCUAAAUUGAUUUCAUUUUAGAAUAUCAGGUAAAUAAGAUAGAAAAAAAUGAAUUCUCUUAAAAAGAAUAAGAUAAUGAUGACUAAAAAUUAUUAAAUAUAUAUUUUAAACAAAUUUUAAAUUGCAAUUAAAGGGAAAAUGAUUUUCAAAUGAGCUAAAGAUAAUAAUUCUCUGGAGUUUAUUAAUGA